AUGACCACGUCCACGUCCUCCACGUCCAUGUCCACGUCCACGUCCACGUCCACGUCCACCGUGGACAUGGACGUGGACUUGGACGUGGACGUGGACGUGGACAUGGACGUGGACGUGGACGUGGACGUGGACAUGGACGUGGACAUGGACGUGGACGUAGACGUGGACGUGGACAUGGACGUGGACAUGGACGUGGACGUGGACGUGGACGUGGACGUGGACAUGGACGUGGACGUGGACGUAGACGUGGACGUAGAAAUGGACGUGGACGUGGACGUGGACGUGGACAUGGACGUGGACGUGGACAUGGACGUGGACGUAGAAAUGGACGUGGACGUGGACGUGGACAUGGACGUGGACGUAGACGUGGACGUGGACGUGGACGUAGACGUGGACGUGGACGUGGACGUGGACGUGGACAUGGACGUGGACGUGGACGUGGACAUGGACAUGGACGUGGACGUGGACGUGGACGUAGAAAUGGACGUGGACGUGGACGUGGACGUGGACAUGGACGUGGACAUGGACGUGGACGUGGACGUAGAAAUGGACGUGGACGUGGACGUGGACAUGGACGUGGACGUAGACGUGGACGUGGACGUAGAAAUGGACGUGGACGUGGACGUGGACGUGGACAUGGACAUGGACGUGGACGUGGACGUGGACAUGGACAUGGACAUGGACGUGGAGGUGGAUGUGGACGUGGACGUGGACGUGGACAUGGACAUGGACGUGGACGUGGACGUGGACGUAGACGUGGACGUGGACAUGGACGUGGACUUGGACCUAAACGUGGACAUGGACGUGGACAUGGACGUCGACGUGGACGUGGACGUGGACGUGGACAUGGACGUGGACGUGGACGUGGACGUGGACAUGGACGUGGACGUGGACAUGGACGUGGACAUGGACGUGGACAUGGACGUGGACGUGGACAUGGACGUGGACGUGGACAUGGACGUGGACGUGGACGUGGACGUGGACGUGGACGUGGACAUGGACGUGGACAUGGACGUGGACUUGGACGUGGACGUGGACAUGGACGUGGACGUGGACGUAGACGUGGACGUGGACGUGGACAUGGACGUGGACGUGGACGUGGACAUGGACGUGGACGUGGACGUGGACAUGGACGUGGACGUGGACAUGGACGUGGACAUGGACGUGGACGUGGACGUGGACGUGGACGUGGACAUGGACGUGGACGUGGACGUGGACAUGGACGUGGAGGUGGACGUGGACGUGGACAUGGACGUGGACGUGGACGUGGACGUAGAAAUGGACGUGGACGUGGACGUGGACAUGGACGUGGACGUGGACGUAGAAAUGGACGUGGACGUGGACCACGUGGACGUGGACGUGGACGUGGACAUGGACGUGGAGAUGGACGUGGACGUGGACGUGGACAUGGACGUGGACGUAGACCUGGACGUGGACGUGGACGUGGACGUGGACGUGGACGUGGACGUGGACGUAGACAUGGACGUGGACGUGGACGUGGACGUGGACCUGGACGUGGACGUGGACGUGGACGUGGACAUGGACGUGGACGUGGACGUGGACGUAGACGUGGACGUGGACGUGGACGUGGACGUGGACGUAGACGUGGACGUGGACGUGGACGUAAACGUGGACGUGGAAGUGGACGUGGACGUGGACGUGGACGUGGACAUGGACAUGGACGUGGACGUGGACAUGGACGUGGAGGUGGACGUCGACGUGGACGUGGACGUGGACAUGGACGUGGACGUGGACAUGGACGUGGACGUGGACGUGGACGUGGACGUGGACGUAGAAAUGGACGUGGACGUGGACAUGGACGUGGACGUAGACGUGGACGUGGACAUGGACGUGGACUUGGACACGUGGACGUGGACGUGGACGUGGACGUGGACCCUGGACAUGGACGUGGACGUGGACGUGGACGUGGACGUGGAUAUGGACGUGGACGUGGACCUGGAAAUGGACGUGGACGUGGACGUGGACGUGGAGGUGGACGUGGACAUGGACAAGGACGUAGAAAUGGACGUGGACGUAGACGUGCACAUGGACGUGGACGUGGACGUGGACACUGGACACGUGGACGUGGACGUGGACGUGGACAUGGACGUGGACGUGGACGUGGACCUGGACGUGGACGUGGACGUGGACGUGGACGUGGACGUGGACGUGGACGUGGACGUGGACGUGGACGUGGACAUGGACGUGGACAUGGACGUGGACGUGGACGUGGACAUGGACGUGGGCUUGGACCUGGACAUGGACAUGGACGUGGACAUGGACGUGGACAUGGACGUGGACUUGGACCUGGACGUGGACAUGGACGUGGACAUGGACGUCGACGUGGACGUGGACGUGGACGUGGACGUGGACGUGGACGUGGACGUAGACGUGGACGUGGACGUGGACGUAGACGUGGACGUGGACGUGGACGUGGACGUGGACAUGGACGUGGACGUGGACAUGGACGUGGACGUGGACGUGGACGUGGACGUGGACAUGGACAUGGACGUGGACGUGGACGUGGACAUGGACGUGGACGUGGACAUGGACGUGGACGUGGACGUGGACGUGGACAUGGACGUGGACGUGGACGUGGACGUGGACGUAGACGUGGACGUGGACAUGGACGUGGACUUGGACGUGGACGUGGACAUGGACGUGGACAUGGACGUGGACGUGGACGUGGACGUGGACGUGGACGUGGACGUGGACGUGGACAUGGACGUGGACGUGGACGUGGACGUGGACAUGGACGUGGACGUGGACGUGGACAUGGACGUGGACGUGGACGUGGACAUGGACGUGGACGUGGACAUGGACGUGGACGUGGACGUGGACGUGGACGUGGACGUGGACGUGGACAUGGACGUGGACUUGGACGUGGACGUGGACGUGGACGUGGACGUGGACAUGGACGUGGACGUGGACAUGGACGUGGACGUGGACAUGGACGUGGACGUGGACAUGGACGUGGACGUGGACGUGGACGUGGACGUGGACGUGGACGUGGACGUGGACGUGGACGUGGACGUGGACGUGGACGUGGACGUGGACGUGGACGUGGACAUGGACGUGGAGAUGGACGUGGACGUGGACGUGGACAUGGACGUGGACGUGGACCUGGACGUGGACGUGGACGUGGACGUGGACGUGGACGUGGACGUGGACAUGGACGUGGACGUGGACGUGGACGUGGACCUGGACGUGGACGUGGACGUGGACGUGGACAUGGACGUGGACGUGGACGUGGACGUGGACGUGGACGUGGACGUGGACGUGGACGUGGACGUGGACGUGGACGUGGACGUGGACGUAGACGUGGACGUGGACGUGGACGUGGACGUGGACGUGGACGUGGACAUGGACGUGGACGUGGACGUGGACAUGGACGUGGAGGUGGACGUCGACGUGGACGUGGACGUGGACAUGGACGUGGACGUGGACAUGGACGUGGACGUGGACGUGGACGUGGACGUGGACGUAGAAAUGGACGUGGACGUGGACAUGGACGUGGACGUAGACGUGGACGUGGACAUGGACGUGGACUUGGACGUGGACGUGGACAUGGACGUGGACAUGGACGUAGACGUGGACGUGGACAUGGACGUGGACGUGGACGUGGACGUGGACGUGGACGUGGACAUGGACGUGGACGUGGACGUGGACAUGGACGUGGACAUGGACGUGGACAUGGACGUGGACAUGGACGUGGACGUGGACAUGGACGUGGACGUGGACGUGGACGUGGACGUGGACAUGGACGUGGACAUGGACGUGGACUUGGACGUGGACGUGGACUUGGACGUGGACGUGGACAUGGACAAGGACGUAGAAAUGGACGUGGACGUGGACGUGCACAUGGACGUGGACGUGGACGUGGACAUGGACGUGGACGUGGACAUGGACGUGGACGUACAAAUGGACAUGGACGUGGACGUGGACAUGGACGUGGACGUAGACGUGGACGUGGACGUGGACUUAGACGUGGACGUGGACAUGGACGUGGACUUGGACGUGGACGUGGACAUGGACGUGGACAUGGACGUGGACGUGGACAUGGACGUGGACAUGGACGUGGACAUGGACGUGGACGUGGACGUGGACGUGGACAUGGACAUGGACGUGGACAUGGACGUGGACGUGGACGUGGACGUGGACGUGGACAUGGACGUGGACAUGGACGUGGACGUGGACGUGGACGUGGACGUGGACAUGGACGUGGACGUGGACAUGGACGUGGACAUGGACGUGGACGUGGACAUGGACGUGGACGUGGACAUGGACGUGGACGUGGACAUGGACGUGGACAUGGACGUGGACUUGGACGUGGACGUGGACUUGGACGUGGACGAGACGUGGACCAUGGACGUGGACAUGGACGUGGACGUGGACGUGGACAUGGACGUGGACGUGGACGUGGACAUGGACGUGGACAUGGACGUGGACGUGGACGUGGACGUGGACGUGGACGUGGACGUGGACCUGGACAUGGACGUGGACGUGGACGUGGACGUGGACGUGGACGUGGACGUGGACGUGGACAUGGACGUGGACAUGGACGUGGACAUGGACGUGGACGUGGACGUGGACGUGGACAUGGACGUGGACGUGGACGUGGACGUGGACGUGGAAAUGGACGUGGACGUGGACGUGGACAUGGACGUGGACGUGGACGUGGACAUGGACGUGGACGUGGACGUGGACGUGGACGUGGACGUGGACAUGGACGUGGACGUGGACGUGGACGUGGACGUGGACAUGGACGUGGACGUGGACGUGGACGUGGAGGUGGAGUUGGACGUGGACGUGGACGUGGUCGUGGACGUGGAGGUGGACGUGGACGUGGACGUGGACGUGGACAUGGACGUGGACGUGGACAUGGACGUGGACGUGGACGUGGACGUGGACGUGGACGUAGAAAUGGACGUGGACGUGGACGUGGACAUGGACGUGGACGUAGACGUGGACGUGGACAUGGACGUGGACUUGGACGUGGACGUGGACAUGGACGUGGACAUGGACGUAGACGUGGACGUGGACGUGGACAUGGACGUGGACGUGGACGUGGACAUGGACGUGGACGUGGACAUGGACGUGGACGUGGACGUGGACAUGACAAAUGGACACGUGGACGUGGACAUGGACGUGGACUUGGACGUGGACGUGGACAUGGACGUGGACAUGGACGUGGACGUGGACGUGGACGUGGACGUGGACGUGGACGUGGACGUGGACAUGGACGUGGACGUGGACGUGGACGUGGACAUGGACGUGGACGUGGACGUGGACAUGGACGUGGACGUGGACGUGGACAUGGACGUGGACGUGGACGUGGACGUGGACGUGGACGUGGACGUGGACGUGGACGUGGACGUGGACGUGGACAUGGACGUGGAGAUGGACGUGGACGUGGACAUGGACAUGGACGUGGACGUGGACAUGGACGUGGACGUGGACAUGGACGUGGACGUGGACAUGGACGUGGACGUGGACAUGGACGUGGACGUGGACGUGGACGUGGACGUGGACGUGGACGUGGACGUGGACGUGGACGUGGACGUAGACGUGGACGUGGACGUGGACGUGGACGUGGACGUGGACAUGGACGUGGAGAUGGACGUGGACGUGGACGUGGACAUGGACGUGGACGUGGACGUGGACGUGGACGUGGACGUGGACGUGGACGUGGACGUGGACGUGGACAUGGACGUGGACGUGGACGUGGACGUGGACGUGGACGUGGACGUGGACGUGGACGUGGACAUGGACGUGGACGUGGACGUGGACGUGGACGUGGACGUGGACGUGGACGUGGACGUGGACGUGGACGUGGACGUGGACGUGGACGUGGACGUGGACGUGGACGUGGACGUGGACGUGGACGUGGACGUGGACAUGGACAUGGACGUGGACGUGGACAUGGACGUGGACGUGGACGUGGACGUGGACGUGGACGUGGACAUGGACGUGGACGUGGACAUGGACGUGGACGUGGACGUGGACGUGGACGUGGACGUGGACGUGGACGUGGACGUGGACGUGGACAUGGACGUGGACGUGGACAUGGACGUGGACGUGGACGUGGACGUGGACGUGGACGUGGACGUGGACAUGGACGUGGACGUGGACGUGGACAUGGACGUGGACGUGGACGUGGACGUGGACAUGGACGUGGACUUGGACGUGGACGUGGACAUGGACGUGGACAUGGACGUGGACGUGGACGUGGACGUGGACAUGGACGUGGACGUGGACGUGGACGUGGACAUGGACGUGGACGUGGACAUGGACGUGGACGUGGACGUGGACAUGGACGUGGACAUGGACGUGGACAUGGACGUGGACGUGGACAUGGACGUGGACGUGGACAUGGACGUGGACGUGGACGUGGACGUGGACGUGGACAUGGACGUGGACAUGGACGUGGACUUGGACGUGGACGUGGACUUGGACGUGGACGAGCAUGGACUUAUGGACGUGGACGUGGACGUGGACGUGGACGUGGACGUGGACAUGGACGUGGACGUGGACAUGGACGUGGACGUGGACGUGGACGUGGACGUGGACGUGGAAAUGGACGUGGACGUGGACGUGGACAUGGACGUGGACGUGGACGUGGACGUGGACAUGGACGUGGACUUGGACGUGGACGUGGACAUGGACGUGGACAUGGACGUGGACGUGGACGUGGACGUGGACAUGGACGUGGACGUGGACGUGGACAUGGACGUGGACGUGGACAUGGACGUGGACGUGGACGUGGACAUGGACGUGGACAUGGACGUGGACAUGGACGUGGACGUGGACGUGGACGUGGAAAUGGACGUGGACGUGGACGUGGACGUGGACAUGGACGUGGACAUGGACGUGGACGUGGACGUGGACGUAGAAAUGGACGUGGACGUGGACGUGGACAUGGACGUGGACGUAGACGUGGACGUGGACGUGGACGUAGAAAUGGACGUGGACGUGGACGUGGACGUGGACAUGGACAUGGACGUGGACGUGGACGUGGACAUGGACGUGGACAUGGACAUGGAGGUGGACGUGGACGUGGACGUGGACAUGGACGUGGACGUGGACGUGGACGUAGACGUGGACGUGGACAUGGACGUGGACUUGGACCUGGACGUGGACAUGGACGUGGACAUGGACGUCGACGUGGACGUGGACGUGGACGUGGACGUGGACGUGGACGUGGACAUGGACGUGGACGUGGACGUGGACGUGGACAUGGACGUGGACGUGGACGUGGACAUGGACGUGGACGUGGACGUGGACAUGGACGUGGACGUGGACGUGGACGUGGACGUGGACGUGGACGUGGACGUGGACGUGGACGUGGACGUGGACGUGGACAUGGACGUGGACUUGGACGUGGACGUGGACGUGGACGUGGACGUGGACAUGGACGUGGACGUGGACAUGGACGUGGACGUGGACAUGGACGUGGACGUGGACAUGGACGUGGACGUGGACGUGGACGUGGACGUGGACGUGCACGUGGACGUGGACGUGGACGUGGACGUGGACGUGGACGUGGACGUGGACGUGGACGUGGACAUGGACGUGGACAUGGACGUGGACGUGGACGUGGACAUGGACGUGGACGUGGACCUGGACGUGGACGUGGACGUGGACGUGGACGUGGACGUAGACAUGGACGUGGACGUGGACGUGGACGUGGACCUGGACGUGGACGUGGACGUGGACAUGGACGUGGACGUGGACGUGGACGUGGACGUGGACGUGGACGUGGACGUGGACGUGGACGUAGACGUGGACGUGGACGUGGACGUAAACGUGGACGUGGAAGUGGACGUGGACGUGGACGUGGACGUGGACAUGGACAUGGACGUGGACGUGGACAUGGACGUGGAGGUGGACGUCGACGUGGACGUGGACGUGACAUGGACGUGGACGUGGACAUGGACGUGGACGUGGACGUGGACGUGGACGUGGACGUGGACGUAG